AUGAUUUCUUCAGCAUUUUAUUCGAUACUUAUCCGAAUUCUGUUCCCCACCUAUUAUAACGCAAGAACUAUCGAAAAGGACGAAUACAAGCGUCUAGUAAUGGUCAGCCUUCUCUUUAUCAUCAACAUCAUCUUAGGGAAUGUCAGCAUCAAGUAUUGUAGCCUAACUCUUGACCAAAUUGUCCGUUGUACAAUGCCUGCUUGGACGGCAGUGACUCAAUAUGUACUCUUCAAGGAAAAGCUCUCCUGGAAAGUGUAUAUUACCCUGGUUCCUAUUAUCGGAGGAGCCAUGAUGGUCUGCAAAGGGGAGAUCUACGGUACAUCCUUUGGAAUUGCUGUCUUGCUCCUGAGCUGCUUCGUUUCAACAAUCAAAGGAAUUAUAACCAAGCGACUGCUUUCAACAGGAAAUAAACUCUCUCCACUUCAACUUCUAACUAUUAACAGCAGUCUUGGAAGCGUGGAGUUAAUUCCUGUGACGUUGUUUUCUGAAUCCGCGUUCUUUACGCAAUUUCUGCCAAAUCAAACGAUCUUCGUGUACGCUCUUCUCCUUUUCCACGGAUUCACUGCAUUCUCGUUGAAUAUCUCCAAUUUCGAGGCAACCCGAUCCACCUCGCCACUUGUGAUUAACAUUACCGGAAAUGUGAAGCAAGUGUGCAUGAUUCUGAUUUCGGUCGUCUUGUUCCACCAGUCUCUAUCGAUAAGCAGCAUUAUCGGGUGCAUUCUAACGAUUGCUGGCUCUUUUUGGUAUUCUGUGGAACGAUACAACUUUGAUAAUGAAAGUAAAAAGAUCGACCCUGCAGACGGAAGCACAAGUGACACAGAACCAUUCAUAAAGCAUGAUGAAAAAUAG